UGAUGUCCAGAUCAUCAGCCGGACACUGACUGAAGCAACUGGUGCUUAAGACGCGACGCACCACGACAAACAUCGCGCUGACGCGGGUACGCGAGGAUUAACGCCCGUCUAAACACGUCUUUCACGGGUUUCCAGUGGAACUAGAGGAAUAUAUGGAGCCCAUCUUGAAGUUUUCAUGCGGAGAAAGUAGGCAUGUUGGCUUGUGUGUGCGAUGCAUGCUGUCAUCUGUGUAACAUCAUCAUUCUCAUCCUGCAUCUGCAUGCUUUCUGUCGGGCCUGAGCUGACUUUAGUGUGGCCUCCAUUACCGGCAUCAUGGACGAAACCUGUGAUGAUGAUGACCGUAACCCUCCGAUUCUCUCCUCCAAGAAAGGCCCGUCCUGCAUUAGGUCCAAGCGUGACUCCGGCCCUGAUCCGAGACGGGAUGUGGAGCGUCUCCGAGUCUUGUUAGAAGUGGAGCGCAGUCGAAACCAUCAGGCUCACCGGUGCUUCUCUCUGGAGCUGCGUCGGCAUCGGGACGAGGCCCGUGAGGAGCGCGAGCGGGCGCUGAGGGAUCUGACGUAUCGACUCGAGCAGCAGAAGACGCUGGAGCUGCUACGACAGCGGGAAACUCUGGGACGAGAGCGUGUGGCGGAGGUUCGCCGUCUGUUGCGCUGGCGGAGUCGGGACGAGAAACGUACGGAGAACUUGACUCUCAGACAAACACGAGAAGUUAAGCGUCAACUAGCUGAUGAGAUCGCUGGAAUCGGCAGAACCACCGGGGUACAAGCCCUCAAACCUGCAUGUAAAGGUAACGGUGUGGCGUAUCUCAGACUCGAGGAGCUGCUGAAGACGCUGCUCGCGCAGGCCGACGGGAAGCACGUUCAUUUACUUCAGCGCCUUCAACAGGAAGUGGAUCUAGAGAAGAGCGUGUUCCUCUGUCACCUGCUGGAAGCCCACAGCAGACCCUCACACGAGGACCACGACCAACACAAGCCAUCCCGGCCGAGGUCCAAGAGUUGCGCUCUCUUCCGUUCCCGCUCUCCAUCCCGAAGCGGAUCUCCUCAGCGGAUGAAGAAGAGACAGAGGGCGGACAGUGACACUCCUCCACUCAGCUCAUCUCCAGAGCUUCUGCCGGAGGAUUUACCUGAGCCGUGUUCAUCCCAUGAGGGAUCGCAGAAGGGCUCAACAUCCAGAUGUUCAGAAGACAACAUGGAUGAUUCGAAUGGCAGGGAUUACGGGUUCCUGGUGCGUCAGAACUCAGAGCUUCUGCGGGCGCUGGAGGAGAUGGAGAAAUCCUGCGCCGCUCUCAGAGAGGAGAACCGGAUCCUGAGGAAGAGCAGUUCUCCAGAGACGGAGGAGAAGGUGAAGAGGUUGAGGAAGAAGAACACCGAACUCGCCGUCAUCGCCAAGCGUCUGGAGGAGAGAGCGCGCAAACUGCAGGAGGCCAACCUGAAAGUGGUAAACUCUCCUCUGCCGGUGAAGUCUGGCGCUGUGGAUCAGUACAAGCGUGCGUUUGCUCGUCAGAGAGCCCGAGACCUGGCGCAGCACGCAGACACACUGCUGUGUAGAGACAAACAGAUCUCAGCGCUACAGCAGGAGUGCAGACAGCUGGAGAACCGGCUCGGACACGGAAAGGGUCCUGUGGGAGUCAGUGAGUUUGAGCGUCUCCUGAAGGAGUCUCAGAAGGAGGUUCUGCGUCUCCAGAGACAGCUGUCGGUCUCUUCUACCAGAGAUCAGAGCGGCGCGACUGCAGAAAACACUUCAGAGAGACAGGACAGAGACGACAGGGUUGCGUUUGAAACCCCGCCCACAGUAGUAGAUGAGGCCCCUGCUAAGGGGGAGGAGACUCCUGCAGAGUGGGAGGAGUCCCAAACAAAUGUAAGGCUUGAACAGGGCACAAGCCCCGCCCACCAGGAAGAGCAGACCACAGAAGAGCGUCUUCAGUUGCUGGAAAGUGAGUUGGGCAAGAAGAGGAAAGAAUGUGAAGUUCUUGAGCAUGAGGUCCGGAAGAGACAGAAACGAUGUCUCGAUUUGGAGAACCAGCUAGUGGACGAGCGCAGCAGAAAUGAGCACUUAGUAGAGGAGGCAGAACUCCUCAGGAGAAAGGCUCAGCUGCUUGACCAGUCUCAGGCUGAAAAUGAGGAGCUAAAGGAACAGCUCUGUGUUUUGAGCGCUCAGCAUAGUUCAGUACUGGAGGAGAACCAGCGACUCCGUGCAAAGCUGGAGAACCUAGAGCAGGUCCUAAAGCACAUGCGAGAGGUCGCCGAUCGCAGGCAACAGCUGGAACUGGAGCAUGAACAGGCACUGGCAAUCCUCAAGUUCAAGCAGGAUGAAAUCAAGCGGCUUCAGCGGGCUCAGUUAUUUGCCAAACGAGAACAUGAAGGUGUGGUGCAGAUGCUGGAGGAUCUGGUGCAGCUCGUAUUGCACAGAGAGCUGGCAAAAGUCCGGGACCUGGAGGACAAAUGCCGCAGUCAGAGCGAACAGUUUGGGAUGCUGUCACAGGAACUGGACAAGUUUCGGGUUCAGGCCUCAAAGAUCGACCUGUCGGGCUCCGGCCUGCUGUCCAGCUCCAGUCUGACCCAGCUGACCAAUGGGCUCGGCCUGCCUGGUGAGACUGGCACACAUUCUUCAUGGGAAGACAUCGCCUUCUGGAGUUUGGAGGGUAAUGAAGCCCUCUGUGAUGCCUCUGAGCCUGAUGUGGCUGCGGUCUUGCGGACGGGCUCCACUCCACAUGCGGCUGAACUGUCCCGUCCCGAGCGCUCACCGACCACCAAACAUCGAGAGCUGCCUGCCAUCAGCGUGAAGUCCGGCUCCACGUCCAGUCCCAGAUCUGAGACCACGCACCUCUCGCCCAAAUCCACUGGCUCUCGCCCGGCCAGUCCCCGAAAGGCCAGCCCUACACAUGACGUGGACACUGCUAGUGAAGUCGAGGAGCUGGAUAUUGACGUUUCUCCAGCGCCGUAUUCGGUCAGUAAAGGAGCAGCUAAACUCCAGGUCUUCAUUGCACGUUACAGCUACAAUCCCUAUGAUGGUCCUAAUGAUAACCCGGAGGUUGAGUUGCCCCUCACUGCGGGAGAGUACAUUUACGUCUAUGGAGACAUGGAUGAUGACGGCUUCUAUGAGGGCGAGCUGAUGGAUGGUAGAAGAGGCCUCGUUCCCUCCAACUUUGUGGAGCGUGUGUCGGACGACGACUUCAUGAGCUCACACCCUCACCAGGCUGGCGAUAUUUCCCAUAAUUCCUUCCAGGAGAGCAGCUUUCACAGCGGCAGUGAGCGGCUGCACCAACACCACUUACGUUUCGCCCACAGCACCUCCGAGAGGACGGAGACCUCCACGACAGCCUCAGCUCCCGGUGACAAUGCCAAAGCCAACCCCGCUAACCCUGCCCAGGCCGUCCCGCUCACCAACGGCUUAGACUUGGAUCUAGAGGAGGUGGGGGUGGACACUGUGCCUUACCCCCGCAAGCUAACACUAAUCAAGCAGCUAGCCAAGAGUAUCAUCAUUGGCUGGGAGUCUCCGCUAGUCCCGUCCGGCUGGGGUUCAGUGUUUAGCUAUAAUGUUUACGUGGACCACGAGUUGCGGAUCAACGUGCCAUUUGGUACCCAAACGAAGGCCGUUCUGGAGAGGCUGGAUUUAGCGCAGAAAGCAUAUCGGAUUGCAGUGCAGAGUCUGACGGAGCGCGGGAACUCGGAUCAGCUGCGUUGCAGUAUCCUCGUUGGGCGGGACGUGUGCGUGGCGCCGACUCACCUGCGCGUCGAACGUGUAACGGCUACCUCGGCCAGCCUGACCUGGCUACCUAGCAACAGUAACUACGUGCACAUUGUGUCUUUGAAUGACGAAGAGUGCGAGCUGGUAAAGGCGGGAUGCUAUUCACUGUGCCUCAGUAACCUCACACCCAACCUGAAUUACAGCGUUAAAGUGGAGGCCAGGCCACACCGCACAGCCUGGGAACUACCGCCAGAGUGCCGAGAACGCAAAACCGUAGUGACCUCUUUCACAACCCUGACUGCAGGUCCUCCUGAUGCUCCUUUGGAUGUGCAGUUGGAGCAGGGCCCGUCUCCGGGAGUAGCUCAGAUCAGCUGGCUGCCCGUUACUAUAGAUGCUGCCGGGACGUCCAAUGGUGUCCGAGUCACUGGCUACACCAUCUAUGCUGACAAGAAGAAGGUAUUAGAGGUGUCGUCGCCCACAGCAGGCAGCGUUCUGAUUGGUCCAUCUCAGAUCCAGACAUUACAGGCGGCCCAUGAGCUCACCGUCCGAACCAUGUCAGCUUUUGGCGAGUCGGUGGACUCAUUGUCGGUGAAUGUGCCCGCCAAAUUGCCUGCUAUCAUGUCCGGUGCCUCAUUGCCUCAAUGCCAGUCUUUGCCAGCUACCGCCAGUGUCCUCAUGGCCAGUGCCAAUCCAGACCCUGCUGUUUGUGCCACAUCUCUCUCUGCUGCCAAAAUGCCCAUUCUGCCACACGCUGCUACACUAGACGAGCACACCAUUGGUCCUGUUCGGGGAGUCUAUGUCAACACGCCCAAAGUAGUCACUUGUGAGGUGCCUCCUUCUCCUGCGUCCUAUGUAGAAGCCUGGGCAAACCCAACAUCAACUGCAGCGCUGACGACUACAAUGGCAGCACAAGAAGCACUGUCACUAUGUGCCUCUCGUACUAACUCAACGGUGAGUGUAUCUGCACCCAUGGUCACACCUGCACCUGUGGUCAUGUCCAUGGCUGUACCUGCUCCCUUGAACGCACCAGUACACAUGCCAGUGCCAGGUCCUGUGGUUGUGCCAGCAUCUGCCACCAUGCCUGUGCUCAUUCCUGUACCUGCAUCAGUGCAAGUGCAGUCCAGUGUGGCCCCUGCAGCGCUUAACCCCAGCAGAGAGACAGACAGCCCAGGAGUCCAACGUCCUGUUGCCUCCCUCUCCGAAUUCCUGGAGGACCCCUGUGCCAAACUUCAUACACCGCCACCAAUUUACACAUGCCCCAAAGUUAACAUCCCAGGAAAGGAACCUCUUAAUAUCCCGGAUACGCACCCACUGAGGCCUCCCAAUCCAUCGCCCUUUGAGUCAGAGCCUGAGGAGGACAGGGAAAACACCAGGCUUGUGUCCAUGGAGGAGUUCCUGCGGCCUGUACCUCAACCUCGUAUGAAGGUAUAUGCUGGUGGUCUUAUAGACACUCACCCAGACUAUCAUGGGGAGAGCAGUCGGUCUGAUCUGUCAGACAUACUGGAGGAAGAGGAAGAAGAUCUGUACUCUGAGACUAUAACUGACGUCCCCUCCAGAGGUUACGGUACAGCUUGUAUGGGAAGGUGUGAAAUGUGGGAAACUGAUAGUGAUGAAGAAAUUUGGGAGAAGCUUAUAAAGCUCCCCCCUCAGGUCUACCACAACAAACAUCUCUUCAGCAUCCCAGAAGUCACGGAAGAGGAAGACAACACCGAAUCAGAACCCUAUACUAGACGUUCCCCAGGCCGGACUGCUUCAGGCAAGGGCCACCAGAGUGGACGCGAGGGUCGCCGACAUUCUCCCUUCCACCAAAAACAUGGACAUAAAACUGAAUCUGAAUCGCCCGUAGUGAGGUACAAAGGGACAGCGCCAGUCAGGACUAGACCCAGAGUGCACUAUGCUGACACAGUGGACACCAUCAACUAUCAGGAUGAGGAGGAGGUGGAGUUGGACUCUGAUAGUAGCCUGUACGCUGGGCCUAGUUCUGGAAGUGUGGGUGUGCGCCGCACACCCCACAAAGCACAUGGCGAUCGACUCAGGAGAGAGGCCUUACUCCGUAGCCAGAUGUCUUCAGAUCUCUCUGGCAUUGUGGCAUCUUCAGGAACAGGGCAGGGACCGUAUUUAGUUAGCAAGACCGUACACCGUGUGAAGUCGCCCACUGGACCCUCGACAGAGAUUGACGUAGAUUAUGGAACUGAUAAUGAUGAGGAGCAACAGCUGUUUGACCCUGGAGAAGUUGUAUUAGACCAGAUGAGCUCUGAGUGGUGGGUGGAGGGUGGUAACAAUGAGUACCACAACCUGCCCCUGACAUGCAGAUCCCAGCCAGAGCUGCCCCCAAGCAACCGCUCAUGGGAGGCAGCUGGAAGAGAAGAUCCAGGUGCAACGUGGUGCGAUGUCACUCAAAAAUCAGCACGCUCUGAAAUUAGACUGCAUAGAGAGCCCAGACCAUGUGGGGAAAAUGAAGUCAGAGUCUUUGUUGCCCUCUUCCCCUAUGAACCUGCAGUCAUGUCACCCAAUCCUGAUGCUGUUGAAGAGGAACUUCCCUUUAAAGAGGGACAGAUUAUCAAGGUUUAUGGGGACAAAGAUGCAGAUGGUUUCUACCGAGGCGAGUCGGCUGGUCGUCGUGGCUUUGUCCCAUGUAAUAUGGUUUCAGAGAUCCAGGUUGAUGAUGAGGAGAGCAGAGACCAGCUCCUGAUGCAGGGCUUCCUCACCACAGAGGCAUCUAUGGAAAAGAUAGACGCCCGCUUACAUGCACCGCUUCCACGCCGCACCGCUGCACCGCCGAAACCUAGACGCUCCAAGAAAGUGGAGUCUUCUGCGGUGUGGGAGGACACGUCUGCUAUAGACUCCUCCAGUCAAGACCUGAGCCGCUCAGCCGCCCCGAUGGGAAGUUCGAGACCCCGCAGGAUGGUGGCCAUCUUUGAUUACGACCCGAGAGAAAGUUCCCCUAAUGCAGACAUAGAGGCUGAGCUGAUCUUCAGUGCGGGCGACGUCAUCUAUGUGCUCGGGGACAUGGACGAUGACGGCUUCUACUAUGGCGAUCUCAACGGACACAAAGGCCUCGUUCCUUCCAACUUCCUGCAAGCUUUCCCUGAGCCGGAAGAGGACGCCGUGGCCGAGAGCCGCAGAGACUCACAGGUGAGCCAAACAGAAUCGUCUGAGCAUCUGGACCCCGUGAGCUGCUCUCAGCCAGACCCGGAUCCCCCAGCUCAGCCUGACCCGACCCCUGACCCGAGCCCGGCCCUGACCCGCUCUCCUCCGCUCCCCGAGAAGAAGAAGAAGGGUUUCUUCUCCAAGGGCAGAAAGCUCUUCAGAAAGCUGGGCUCCAGCAAGAAGGAGUAGCGCAUCGGCUGUGAGCGGGGCGGAUCUGCAGAUUGCACUUUUCCUCGUGUGUGUGUGUGUGUGUGUGGUGUCAGUGUGAGUGUGUGACCGAACAAUAGGAGAAUCGUUCUCAUUCUCAGAUUUUUUGCCAUUAUGACGCAAAUUUACCAGCGCUUUCGUGUGUCGGACUGUUUCUUCUUUUUGCAAGGCAAAUAAUCGCAAUAGAAGUUUCACCAAAGCUGUGAAUAGAGCUCAUGCUAACUUUAAUAACAGCAUCUAGACAUGAAAUAACAAUCAAGCAUCAUCCACUGAAAGGCAAAGCACACUUAUGAGGAGAUAUGAAAUAACGUUGAUUCCAAGAAUUCUGGAAAAUAACACGAGGAGUGACAAAAUAAAAGUCACUACAGAAAUAUUUUGCACUACAAGUAAGGGUCCAAGACUGCAGAACUGUG